GUUGCAUAUAUAAAUUCUCAGAAAGAGACAGUGAGCCUGAACAUCGCCAUCAUCUGAGGGACUUAACUCUGAGGCACAAUGUCGGACUUUGAUUUAGAUGACUGCUCACCUGACAACAGACGUCCCCCGAGUGACACAGAGGAUGUGGAGUGUGACCUGAAGCUCAGCGAAGACCUGAACCUGAUGGUCACCCGCAACAGGACGACCAUGAAGAGAGUAGCCAACCUGGUGCUGGCCGUCAACAAGCUGAACAAGUCCCUGUCUCUGUGUGGCAGAGACCUCAGCGAUGUGGCGCUCUGCGGCGCCAUCAUGGACUGCAUGGUGGAAGAAACCGUUUUCCAGGAGGCAUGGAACUCCUUCUCAGGGAAGCCGCUGUUCCAGCGGUGCAGCAGUGUGUGUGAGGUCACGGUGAGCGACGAGCGCCAAAAAGAUUUAAUCUUGACAACAAGAGAGAUGAAGCUGCAGGCCAUCACCCUGAAAGCCGGAAACUGUGAUCGCGAAGUGAACUUUAAGAUGUGCCACUACAGUCCGCCCUCCAGCAUCAAUUCUUUGACGGUUCUGUUAUCCGUCUCUAAGAACCUGCACAUUUCUUGCUCCAUGGAAGAUGGGAAAGUUUCGCUGAUAUUGGAGCAAUACAGCCAGGAGUCUCUGAAUGAGAUCAACCAGGAUGACGGCUUGGACCGCUUUCUCUUCUUCAAGACGACCCCCCCCGGUGGCUCCCUGGUCAGCUUCGAGUCGGUGAAGUUCCGCGGCUGGUUCAUCAGCACUUCCUCUGUGGACGUCGACCCCUCGGUGGAGAUGUGCCAGGCGGACACCUCCUUCAGGGUCACCUGCUUCAACGUCAAGCACCAGGAGAAGAAAUAGAAAUUUAAGCUGUUUGUAUUUCUUUGCUUCACCACUAGAUGGAGCAAUAAUGUACUUAUUUCCUGAGGUUGCGGUAAAGCGCCAUUCUGAGUUUUAAGGUAUAAAACGAAAAUAUCUUUUUUCAGGCAACAAAAAAUGACUUGUAUAAUGUUCUCUGUUUUGCUUAGUGGGAAGUAAUGUAAGAGGAUAUUCCUAAAAAAUAAUUGAUGUAAUGCUUUUUUUAGCAUUUGGUCUAACGUUAUGAAUGUGUUAUAUUAUCUACUUAUUGUGUGACUAUGUUAAUGUAUUUUGUUAAAUUUGUAAUAAUGUAAGAAGUUUAUUUUGUAUUCAAGUUUAUUUUGGAAAUGUGUGGAUGUAUAUAACAAUAAUUAUCUAUAUACAAUUCUGAAUAUUAAUUUCAUGCUAUCAGUUCAGAUAAAUUACAUGGAUAUAUAUAUACAGUAUGUAUGUCUGAAAUGAAUUUUAUAUAAAAAUACACCUUUUUUCUUUUUGAAUAUUUGCAUUUAAAAUCUUUCUUCUGUCCUAUUUCAAGUUUUGUUAAACCUGUAUUUCUAUACUCAUA